CGCAGUCGUUUUAAAAGCCCCCCUUUGGGCAUUUCCGUCCUCCAAUAGCACCUUAACACUGUGCCCUCUCUGUUUCUCUCAUUCCUUCGCGAAGCAGCCAUGGCCUCAUUUGCACGUGGAGCCGCAUCUCUAACCCGCAUUGGUCUCUCCUCUUCCAAGACGCCCCUUCAACUCAUCCACCGCCGUGGCCUCGCCGAUCACCAUGGCCCUCCCAAAGUUGCCUGCUGGAAAGACCCAAUGAGCCCGUCUAAAUGGAAGGAAGAGCAUUUUGUGAUUGUCUCUUUAACUGGCUGGGGGCUACUCAUCUAUGGGGGAUUCAAGUUGGCCACAGGAGGCAAGGGCAAGAAAGAAGAGGUUUUGGCAAAAGCAUCAACUGAGGCGUAGAUAAUAUUUACAAUUCAAAGUGUUCUUGGUAAUAAUGCGAGCUCCCAGACUUUUCCGAGAUUUUCAGACUCGGUCUUGUUUCAUGGCAAACAAAUCUUUUGGCUAGUUAUCCAUUAACAUUUGCGAACAGUAAUAUUGGGAGAUGAUUUUUUUUUUCAGAACAACGUGUUUACAUUUAAGUUUUAUUUGCCCGUUUUAUGCAAAUUCCCGCAUUCCUCUACAUUUGCAACCAUUUACUUUUAUUGACAUUAACUACAUAACUACUGAAGGAAGCUAUGUUAUGUUCCUGCCUUACGAGUGAUGAAUACUUGAAUGAUCCCAAUACUAAGGCAAUAAAGAUCCAAUGUGUGUUUGCUUCGA